AUGACCAAUUUUAUAUAUUUCUAUGGCUUAUUGCUUUUAUUUUUCAAUAUAAACGAUGCCAGAAAACCAAAUGAUCCUUUACAAGGAACAAAUUCAAUAUGUGCAGAUGUUUGUACAUCAUCGGAAGCUCAUGUUGAAUUGGAUUUAAGUCAACCGCGAAUCUAUCGAGAACAUGAAUAUGUUCAAAUAAAACUUUUUCAAACUGGUAGUGGUCCAUGUCGAGAACCAGCUUUACUUGAAAUUCCUCUUGAUACAAUUGGUAAACAUGGUAUUAUAAAAUUUGAUCUUGAUUUUGGUCCUGUUUUACAUAAUUUUAGUAUUGAUAUUGGAUUUAAUGAUGAAAAUAAUAAAACAAUACGAAGUGUUAAUGUGGUUAAUCAACAAGUAUCAAUUGAAUAUCAUUCAGAUGAUGAAAAUAAAACUGAUAUCUAUGAACAAUCAGUAACUUUACUUGAACCAGGUGAAUCAUUAUCAAUUUUUAUAUCUAAUGACUGGAUCUUUAUUGAUAAUGAACAACGAAAACAACAAACUAUGAGAGUUGAUUUUAAUCAAUCAAAUUCUUUUUUAUUUAAUCAAUAUUCUUCGGUUAAAUAUCUUUCUAUUGGUCUUAAUCGUAAUAUAAAUGGAAAACAAACUGGUAUCGGUCUUUGUUUAGCCAAUAUAACAUUUAUUGAAUGUUAUACUGAUCAACAAUCUGCUCUGGAUAUUGAUGUAAAUAAUAAAACAUUCGAACAAUAUGAUCUUGAAAAUAUUACUUGGAUUAGUCAUUUAACAUAUUUGGAUCCAAAUGCUGAUAUACGUGAAUGUACUGCACAAGGUGUUGUUCGUUUAACAUUUGAUCCAUAUGGAUCACGACGUAUUGCUCGUUUUGAUUUAACAAUGGGUUCACAAAUUCAAGGUUUUACAUUUAAUAUUGGUGAUUCACCAACUAAUAAUGGUUAUGGUGGUGAUGGUGGUACAACAUCAAAUUCAGCUGAAAUUCAUUCGAAUGAUAAUCGAUUUUAUGUUUGGGCAAAUACAAAAAUUUGUGGUGACACACUUUUAUUAAAAAUUGAUUAUAAUGUUAUUGAACCAUAUGAUAAUAUUACAAUUCUUAUUAGUAAUGAGCGUAUUGAAUUAACUAAUCAUCGUUCAUAUCAUCAAAUUCUUAAUAGCCCUUAUUUAUAUGCACUAGCUAAACAAAAUGUAACAUGUAAUUGCUUUGAUUCAGUUUGUUAUCCCGGUGUACAACCAGAUAAUGAUGUUUACUUUGGUAUAAAUCGUGUUAUCGGUGGAACUUAUCGACCUGGUAUUGGUGUUUGCAAUGCAUAUGUCAACUGGAUUCAAUGCAAGAAAAUCGAAGUGUCUCCACGAAUUAAACCCGAACCAAUAGUUACAACAACGACAACGACCACCACUACCGAAGUAACAACAGUAAAAGUUGAAGAAACUACAAUCAAUUCAAGUAUAGAACUAAUCGACGUAACAACUAGAACACUCGAGCAUGCAAAUGAAAUGAUAAUGACUACUGAAUUCCCAUCAUUAAAAAUAAUGACGGAAGAAAGUAAUCAAACUCAUCAAGAUUAUUCAAGUAGUACAUCUGUCUCGAUACCAUCAACAAUGGUUUAUUUUGAAGAAAUAACAACAGAACAAGAAAUAACAUCCACUGAAUCAAUGUUUGAUUAUAUGAAAAUUAAUCAAGCAAAUAAUGAAGAACAAACGAAUUUUACAAUUGCAUCAGAAAGUAUAAAUGAAGAAGAAACAUCAACUGUAUCAGUAUUCAGUAAUCGAUAUCGUUUAUUUCAUUUAUUAGCUAAUUUAUCACAAGAUAUUACUAUGGAAAAUACAACUUCUGAAUCAAUAUUGAAUGAUUUUAAUUCAACAAUAAUAGAAAACGAUAUAACAACAACAACAACAACAACAACAGUUUUAGAUUCAUCGGCAAGUUCAACUCCAUGUACAUUGGAAAAUCUUCUAGCUAAUUUUGUCUAUCAUGAAUAUCCAUUAGAUAAACAUAAAUUUAUCUUUUGUGAUAGUGAAGGCAAAAUGAAUAUAAUUGCAUGUUCACCAAAUUAUAUUUGGUCACAAAGUGAACAAUCAUGCAUUUUACCUAAUUAG